GGGCGGACCUAAGACGAACUGGCGUUCAGUCUCCGACUUGCACUCUGCAUCUACCUGCAACAAACUUCCUUAGAUCUGGCAACUAAGGGCAAAAGCUAAUUUCUUCGUUGUUUUCUGUGAUUCCGCAUCUGACUCCCAUUUACCCGGAAAUCAUCAUUUGCUUUACUGCGCAUCAUCAAACACUAUUGUUCAAUCGUGCAGGCUCACCUACUUACUUUGUUCACAUCAUGUCGUCGAUCGCUCGAGUUGUUCGCCCAGCGGCGAUCCGGAGGAGCCAGGCUGCCGCCUUUGCUGCUUUGUCUGCCUCAAGAAGGAGAUGUGUUGCUCCGCCAGUCCCUAGCAUGCAGCGUCUCGCCCGUACCUUCUCCAGCAGCCCCGCCCGCCGCUUCGACCUACAUGACCUCACACCUACACCCAUCACGCACCUUUCCGAGACCGAGGUGGCAAUGCAGGAAGCGGUUUCCAAGUUCGCCAAUGAUGUGGUCCUCCCCAAGGUGCGGGAAAUGGACGAGGCCGAGACCAUGGACCCCUCAAUUGUCGAGCAGCUGUUCGAGCAGGGCCUGAUGGGUGUCGAGAUCCCCGAGGAGUACGGCGGCGCUGGGAUGAACUUUACUUCUGCCAUCGUUGGAAUCGAGGAGCUGGCGCGUGUCGACCCCUCCGUCUCCGUUCUGGUCGACGUCCACAACACACUCGUAAACACGGCCAUCAUCAAGUGGGGCUCUGCCGAGCUAAAGAAGCGAUUCCUCCCGCGCCUGGCUACCGAGACUGUCGGAUCCUUCUGUCUGAGCGAGCCGGUGAGCGGAUCGGAUGCAUUUGCGCUCGCAACCAAGGCUACCGAGACGAGUGAUGGAUUCAAGAUCUCGGGCAGCAAGAUGUGGAUCACCAACUCGAUGGAGGCAGAGUUCUUUAUUGUCUUUGCAAACCUAGACCCUGCCAAGGGUUACAAGGGUAUCACCGCUUUCGUAGUGGAGAAGGGCACCAAGGGCUUCAGCAUCGCCAAGAAGGAGAAGAAGUUGGGCAUCCGAGCCAGCAGCACUUGCGUGAUCAACUUUGAUGACGUAGAGAUCCCCAAGGAGAACUUGCUUGGUGAGAAGGGUGCCGGUUACAAGUAUGCCAUAGGACUACUGAACGAGGGCAGGAUAGGCAUUGCUGCGCAGAUGACUGGACUUGCUCUGGGUGCUUGGGAGAAUGCAGCAAGGUACUGCUGGAACGACCGCAAGCAAUUCGGCCAACUGAUUGGCGAGUUCCAGGGCAUGCAGCACCAAAUGGCGCAGUCCUAUGUGGAGAUUGCCGCGGCGCGGGCGCUGGUGUAUAACGCUGCGCGCAAGAAGGAGGCCGGAGAGGACUUUGUUCGCGACGCCGCGAUGGCCAAGUUGUACGCGUCUCAGGUUGCAGGUCGCGUCAGCGGCCUGGCUGUUGAAUGGAUGGGCGGUAUGGGUUUCGUGCGCGAGGGACUGGCCGAGAAAUUCUUCCGCGACAGCAAGAUCGGCGCCAUCUACGAGGGAACGAGCAACAUCCAGCUCAACACUAUUGCAAAAUCUCUGCAGAAGGAGUACACCUCUUAGAUUAAUGAAAUUGUUUGGUUUGGAUGAGGGAUGGCAGAGUUCUUUUGGGGUAAAAAUGUCUUUUGCCAGAUCAUCGAGUUAGACCUAGAUGCCAAAUUCCCAGUUUCAAUGUUCGGAUUUUUUUUUUCUCACCUUUAUGUAACUUGGCCUGACUGAGAAAUGAACACAAUAAAGUCUUCUUCAAGUGGGAAGCCGGG